AAAACUCGAUGCGAUUGGCUAUUUCAGUAACGAAGAUGUGACGUCACUGGGAAGCGCCGAACUCUAGUUUCUAAAGUUUUAAGUGGAGCUAUGGAUAGCUGAUGGACAAAAGUGAGUUUCUGUGUUAGUAGCCGCCUAGAUAACAGAUGGAUGACAUCAACGUACUACACCACAGAUGCCUCCUGAAUCUGAGGCGUCGAAUCAGAGAUAUUGGGGAUGGGCGCCCAGCACAGGAACGAUAUAUGAGGUUGCAGAAGGACGGAGACAGACUCAGUUACCAAGGGAACUCUGAAGAGGUGGGUUGCUAUGUGGCUGGCCAUCCUUUAUCAAAGGGAAAUUGCUACUUUGAGGUGACAAUAGUGGACAUGGGGGUGAGGGGGACCAUUGCUGUAGGCCUGGUGCCUAAAUUCUACAGGCUGGACCACCAGCCUGGCUGGCUGCCAUACUCUGUAGCUUACCACGCUGACAACGGCAAGUUAUACAAUGGCAACCCUGUGGGACAGCAAUUUGGACCAAAGUGUGCUCGUGGUGACCGCAUUGGCUGUGGAAUACACUCAGAAAAUAUUGAAGCAGGUUUUACAAAAGUCUUUUUCACCAAAAAUGGCAAAGAGGUUGGUUCAGUGGAGGUUCCUGUGUCGGCAGAGGGGCUGUUCCCCGCCGUAGGGAUGCACUCUAUGGGGGAGGAGGUGAAGGUUGACCUGAGGGCUGAGUGGUUCCUGGAGGAAGAUGAUAGUAUGAUGAUGGUGGACAGCCAUGAAGAUGACUGGGGACGGCUUUACGACAUCAGAGUGAGCGGCACGCUCUUGGAGUAUGUUGGCGAAGGAAAGAGCAUUGUGGACGUGGGUUUGGCCCAAGCCCGCCAGCCACUCACCACCCGCUGCCACUACUAUGAAUUGGAAAUCGUUGAUGCUGGGGAGAAGUGCUACAUUGCCCUGGGCCUGGCAAGAAGGGACUACCCCAGGAACCGACACCCGGGAUGGAGCAGAGGGUCAGUGGCGUACCAUGCAGACGAUGGCAAGAUCUUUCACGGCAGCGGCGUUGGAGACGCUUUCGGUCCUCGCUGCUUCAAAGGUGACAUCAUGGGCUGCGGCAUCAUGUUCCCACGAGACUACAUCCUGGACGGAGAAGGUGACAUGGACGACUGGGAUCGGCUGGAGGUCCGUCCGGGUCACGCAGGCAUCCAGAACGUUCUGUACCUCAAUGACGAAGAGGAAGAUGGGGAAGAGGUAGAGCAGGGACAGGAGGGCAGGAAGGUCACGGUGUUCUUCACGAGGAACGGGAAGCUGAUGGGUCGGAGGGAGAUGGUGGUUCCUCCCGGAGGCCUCUACCCCACCGUGGGGAUGCUGAGCAGCGGCGAGAAGGUCAAGGUGGAUUUGCAUCCCCUCAGCGGAUGAGCUGAGAGAGCGAGCUGGACUUGUGACGCCCUGCAAACAGCUGGCUGCACUGUAGAGCUCACCCACGGUAGCCUAGCAUGCUGCUAACACUCGCCAGAACACACUCAGUUCAGCUGCACACAUGCACGUCGCCUGUCGUCUUCCUCGACGCUGCCUCGGCUUUAAUUUAUAAGACUUGUACAUUUCACAGUCAUCACUGAAACACAACCAGAUCGUACUCCCGCCUGUGAAGUAGCAGAGGGAGAAGGUCCUACAUGGGCUGUGUAGGGUUACAGCAUGCAAAAGCGCAGGAGUAGACGGCUCCUGGAAGAUAUUUAACUGUUUAAUUCUAUGCAAUCUGUACUGCUAUCACCCUCUCACAUCUAACCCCCUUCUGCAUGCAGUGUGUCUCUGAAACACUGAGCUGUUAAAUCCCUCUCAUGAGGUCUGGCACACUUAGUUUAUUUAAUUUGUCACGACCCCAAGCAAAGCAGAGCGAGGCCAACAGUUGUGCAGAGUCAGAGCUCGUUGGCGGUUUAUGUUUCAGGGAAUACACCCUCUCUCUCUCUCUCUCUCUCUCUCUCUCUCUCUCUCUCUCUCUCUCUCUCUCUCUCUCUCUCUCUCUCUCUCUCUCUCUCUCUCUCUCUCUCUCUCUCUCUCUCUCUCUCUCUCUCUCUCUCUCUCUCUCUCCUCUUUCUCUUUUAGUCUCUCCCAACCUCCCUCUCCCGGUCCUCUCUCUCUCUCUCUGGGUGAGGCUGCCCUCCUGUGAGCGAUCAGGGACCUGCUGUUGCCCCACCUCGCUCGCUGCUCUCCCGGAGCUGGCUGGAAGUGAACAGUGGAUCUGUUUCCACGCUCAUUUUGUAUGAGAUUAUUGGCAAGGGUUAUUACAGGUUUCGGUUAUCACAACCUCACACGAGAUGCUGUUACUGAGCAGCGUCUUUCCUAAGAGUGGAUGAGUAGAUUUGAGUGUUUUAUAGUUUUGUGUUGGAGCCAGACAACGAAUAAAAAACACGUCAGGUAUAUUUUCUACAGUCGAUCUGGUAAAUACACAUUUAAAUUUAUCUUCUACGUCAAAAGUUCAGGGAACGUGUUUUGUUUUUGCACUUUGAGAACAUGAGACAUUUAGGGCAGACGUGCAUAGUGGGUGGACAAAAUAAAAGAAACACCUUCCAGUAUAAUGCAGUCCGAUGCAACACCACCAUCUACAGCCAUAAGAAUAACCACCAGUUAAAUAAACACCUCUGAAAGUAAAAUUUAACUUUGCAAACCUCACACAGACGUAUCAGUUGUCUAUUGUAUUGGAUUGCAUCAUACUUUAAUGUGUUACACUGUGUUUUAAUAUUUUGUUCUCCUUUUUGUAUAAGCUUUACACACUGUGCGUGUUUGCCCGCUCAAUACGAAUGAUUAUUUCCCAUCUUCAUUUUCUUUUUUUUCCCUCCCUUUUUUAACCAGAAAGUUAGAAUGAUGAUGGUGAUGUGAUGUUUUGCAGGUAGUUUAAAAGAGAAUAGAAAAAAAAAUCUGCUCAAGUUUAUUUUCUUGCUUUUGUAGUCAGAAGAUAACUUCCUCUCCUCGAUGCCACGUGAUGUAGAAUUAACUGCUGGAUGUUUGUUUGUUUGUUUUUUUGAAGAUGACGACAAUGAUGUUUGGUUGCUGCGUGUUUAAAAAAAAAAAAAAAAAAAAAAAAAAGACAAAUACUUAAAGUGAUGUGUUUGUGUGUCUGCACAUCAUCCGACAGCAGCAUCACGGGUCUGUAUCACAAAGACAGAUACCUGCGAACCUUGAUAAUUAUGUCAGAGAUAGAAGAAACAUAUUUUGCACAAGCAUAGGUCUUGCAGCUAACUAUUAUUUUCAUAUUACACGUUAAUCUGCCGAUUAUUUUCUUAAUUGAUUAAUCAUUCGGGCUAUAAAAUGCCAGAAAAUUGUGAAAAAUACCCGUUACAAUUCCCGAAAAACCCAAGUUGACGUCUUUAAAAUUGCUUAUUUUGUCCGAUCAACAGUCAAAAACACAGAAAUGAUAAAUUUACUGGAACAUAAGACAAAAUAAAACAGAAAAUCGUCACAACAGAGAAACUGGAUCUUGGGAAUGUUUUAAUAUUUUUGCUUUUAAAAAUGGCUGAAGUACAAGACACUGAGGGCUCCCGAUGAUUUAAGUCUGUCACUUAUUCCUAAUAGUUUGUUCGUUAUGAGCCGAAAAGGCACCAUAAUGUCACUAUAGGAAAUAAAGAAAUUAUACUCGCUUUAGACUGCUGAACAUGUAUUUAGAAAGACCUAAAUGAUAAUUCUAGAGCUGAAACGAUUAAUCGAUUAGUCGAUUGACAGAAAAAUAAUGGGCCGGUCAUUUUUCAAGCAAAAACAGUGAAAAAACAUUUUCUGGUUCCAGCUUCUCAAAUGUGAGGAUUUGCUGCUUUUCUUUGUCUUACAUCAUGUAAACUGAAUAUCAUUCUGAACUUUUGGUCGAACAAGACUUUGAACUCCGAACAAAAGAUUUCGAUCUGGGAAGUUGUGAUGGCCGUUUGUUCAGUCUUUUUUGCUUUAUUGCUCAUGUUUUUACGGCCUGUUACUCUCCUCUAGUUGUGUGGUUAUAUCGUCUUUUUUAUUCCACGCAUUCUUCUUCCUUGUCAAAACCUGGCUCCUACAUUACCCACAAUGCAACUCAACCGCAGACAGCUUGGUUGGAGAUUUGUGUGUGUUUAUGCUAGUAGUGGUUAAUGUAGCCUCGAGCUGCUAGCAGAUGAGCAGCAGAGAUGAGGAGCUACAGAGGUCUGGUCUUCAUCUUCAGCCCCAAGCGACUGUUAGCAAAGUUACAGCCGUGGAAGAAGAACUCAGAUCUUUCACCUAAGGAAACGUAGCAACGCCACAGUGUAAAAAUACUCUUACUUAAAAUAAAAAGUAAAAUUACAAAAGCACUAGCAUCAAAAUAUACUUCAAGUACCAAAAGUACUCAUUAUGCAGAAUGGCUCAUUUCAGAAUAAUAUAUAUCACUAGAUUCUAAUUAUUGAUGCAUUAAUGUGUUCAUCACUUUAAUGUUGCAGCUGGUGAAGGUGGAGCUCAUUUUAAUUACUUUGUAUACUGCUGUGUAGCUUAAUCAAUAAUAAUACAUCAUGAUUUAUUAGUUUAUUUAUAUUUUGUAUAAAUGAUCAGAAUCUGCAAAGUAACUAGUAACUAAAGUUGUCAAAUACAUGUAGUGGAGUAAAAAGUCCUCUAAGUGUAGUGCAGUAGAAGUAUAAAGUAGCAGAAAAUUUACUAAAGUACAAGUACCUCAAAUUUUUUAAUUUAAAUGUACUUAUUACAACUUUUUUCACAUAGUACUCCUGAAGAGCUGUAAGCGGACUAAACGGACCUUUAACAACUCCGCCUUUCUCAUGGGAACUCACUCACAGCUGGAUUAGUGAAUACCAGUGGUGGAGUACAUUUACUCAAGUACUUAAGUAUAAAUGUGAGGUAUUUGUACUUUUAUUGAGUAUUUCCUUCUCAUGCCACUUUAUACUUCUACUCCACCACAUUUCAGAGGGAAAUAUUAUACUUUUUACUUCACUACAUUUAUCUGACAGCUUUAGUUACUAGUUACUUUACAAAUUAAGAUUUUUGGACACAAAACACAUGAAAAUUGUACAAGUACAGCUGAAACGAUUAGCCGCUUAAUCGAUGGACAAAAAAUUAAUUGGCAGCUUUUUUGGUAAUUGUUUGAGUCAUUUUUCAUGUUUCCAGCUUCACAAACAUGAAGAUUUGCUGUUUUUCCUUUUUAAUUAUUUGAAUAACUGUAAUUUAUUGUUAAUAAUGUUGAGGUUUGGACUGUCGGUUGGACACACUUUGGCCUCUGGGUCAUUGUGACGGCAUUUCUCACUAUUUUCAGAAUUUUUACAAACCAAACAAUCAAUCGAUUAAUGGAGAAAAUAAUCAGCAGAUUGAUCCAGAAUGAAAAUAAUCUUUAGCUGCAGUCCGAUACAAAACAGUUCAAAAUGAGCUCCACCUCAACCAGCUGCAGCAACAACAUCCUGCUUUUACAUGAAUGCAUCAGCAAUAAUAAUCUAAUUAUAUAAUAAAUAAUAGUAUAACAGUCACAAGAGACAUUUUUCUGCUUUGAGUACAUUUUCCUGAUUAUACUCACAUACCUUUACUUAAGGAACAUGUUCAAUGCAGGACUUUGUAUGGUGUAAGUACUUUUACUUAAGUAACGGAUCUGAAUACUUCCUCCACCACUGUCAAAUACCAGAUAUCCAGAAUCACCGAUGUCAGUGAACCCAAACAGACCACGUUGAACUUGCUUUGUGAUACAGACCCCAGAACUCAAACAAUCUGCGCAGGUGAAAAAGAGAAAUACUGUUUGUCAUAUCGUGUGAUUGGGAGCCGGUUUCCACACAAAACAUUCAGAAUGAUGAUUUUGUUUUCCGUCUGUUUGACUAAAGGGAACGAUGAUAUCAGCAUUAUUAUACUGUAUCGGCUAAAUCGGUUAACCAACCUCUUCAUCAAGUUGCGUCUUCCCACAUCUGUAUUUGUCCAUUACAACAUCAGCAGCCCUGUAACGUAAAGUAUAACGUACAUUCCUCUGCGCCUUCCUGUAAGGUGCACACGGCAGGUUCAUCGUUCACACACUAGGGUACUGCAGACAGUAAUGCUAGAAAUAUAACGUGAUGUAAAAUUACUACACAGGGUUAACUAUUAAAUCACAUAUCUGCUGGAUUGUAUGUUUGUUUUUUAGCUGUUGUCAUGCGUUUGUUUUAGAGCCAUUGAUGAAAAAAAUAAUGUAAAUCUUGUUUUUCUUCUCCUGCAGGGCUGGAUAGAGACUCUUAAGUUCAGGUUGUUACAGCCUGAACUGUAAAAACUUACGCUAGACGAUGCAAAGAUAUUAACGAGACCCUGAUGUGGACAUUUCGGGCCGCAUCUAAGUUCAGGGUAUUAAAGUCACUUGUAUUAAAGUUUACUCAGAAUCUCAGUUUACAGAAAGUUUCACAGUUCAACCAAAUUAGAGCUAAAUCUUAUUUUAAAAUGUUUGUAGCGUCUCCAACUUUACUCACCAAGGACUCCUGUAAUAAUUCCUCGUCUUGAUGAGUUGCACUAUAAUGGCCUUCAGUUCAAUACAUGUAUGAUCAUCAAUAAAGGUUUCAGUAAUGUAACAAA